GGACAGUAACACAGUAGCCGUCGCUGACUGUCUACCUCAUCUUUCUAUAAACAACCCGAAACGACAUCGAGAGGUGGAGCCGCCGCGCUGACAACUGUCAAAAGACCCUUCCUGAUAAGAAGAGCUCUUCCGUCCUCACAGCAUCUUGUCGUAUCGCUUUCGAAACCGUUAUAAGCCAAAUAGUUGAAGCGAAUAUACCAUAUAUUCCGAGUAUACGACGUAUCUUUCGCUAUUCCGUUAUUGCGGAGCCGUUUCGGAUGAGCGGUUCGCACUUUGACAGUUUUUGACAGGCUGCAUGUCUUCCUGGAGACCCACUGAUAAGUGAUGUCAAGGCGAAGCACAAGGUUAGGUUCCAAAGGGACGACCUUUCCUGAUGAUGAUGCUGCCAGCACCAGCUCCACUGAAACCACUGGCCACGUCUCUUACAAAGAGAGCCCAACCAGGAUCUUCAAGAAGAGGACCGGUCGCAAGAGCACAGGCAGUGUAUCCCGUAACUCCAGUCGCGCGAGCAGCGUGACUCAGAUACAGACCGGGCAACGCAGUGACCUCACUGCCACUGAAAAUAAGAAUGGCAUGCCUGUUGCUGGAUUCUCCUCUGGAUAUUCCUCUGCUGAGGAGCAUUAUGAACAACCCAUAAAAUCAAGCCCUAGUUUAACCCCGUCUGUAGCUGAACCAGGCUUUGGCAUUCGUGACGUGUUUCACUCUCCAGCUCAGGCUCUGGUUAUGCUCUACUGGUGGCUGGGCACUGCGUGGUACAGCCUCACCUCACGACUUUCUCUGAUCAAUGUGUUUCUGCUCAGCAGAUGCACAGCAGAUAUGAGAAAGGCUAUCCUACUGGUUCUCCUUCUCAUCUUUCUCAUUUUUGGAAUAUGGUACUGGUUCCCGUUUGCUUCUCGUUCUCCAUCUCAUGUGGUUGUUUCCAGGACUUCAUCUGUCAGACACACAGACGGACCUAUGAAAGCAGCUUUUGAUGACCAACUCCAACAUGCCAGCCUGUCUAACUUGAAGGAUGAGAUCGCCAGCUUGCACGAAAGGGAGGGAAACCUGAUGAGAGACAUCGAACUACUGAAGAUGGAGAGCGCAAAACAGAAGGUCAAAUCUGAGAUGCUGCAAACCGAUUUGAGGUCUAUGAAUAAGCAGAUGAUGAAUGUUGAGUCUGAGCGUGGGCAGCAGAUUUCUGAGCUGAAGUCCAGUCUCUCAAGUCUUCAGUCUGCUCAAUACCUUCUCAAGGAAAGAGUUGAUGCACAUGACACUCUCAACACCAACCUGAGAGCAGAGCUAUCCGAUUGGCUAAUAACACACCUGAAAGAUCCAAGCUCACUGGACUCAACUAUAGUGCUCCGUCCUGAGCUGCAGAGGGCGCUAGAGGAUCUGGAGAAACGCAUACUAGAUAAACUAGUGCAUGAGAAAGAGAGCGGCAGAGAUGUCUGGAGGACUGUGGGAGAGACGCUGCACCAGGAAGGAGCCGGAGCCGCCACGAUAAAAGAUGUGAAAGAAAUCGUCCAGAGGGCAAUUGGUCUGUACAGGGCAGAUGGGAUUGGAUUGGCGGACUAUGCCUUGGAAUCUUCAGGUGCCAGUGUGUUAAACACUCGUUGCUCUGAGACAUAUAAGACCCGAUCUGCGUGUCUGAGUUUAUUCGGCAUUCCUCUCUGGUAUCAUUCAGAAAGCCCUCGUACUGUUAUACAGCCGGAGCUGUAUCCCGGGAAGUGUUGGGCAUUCCGAGGCUCCCAGGGUUUCCUGGUGAUCGCACUAUCUUACCCAGUGAGAAUCACCCACGUCACACUCGAACACCUUCCCAAAGAGCUCUCGCCAACGGGACGCAUCGACAGCGCGCCUAAGGAUUUCGCCGUCUACGGUAUGUCUAAUGAGACUGAAGACGGAAAGUUGCUCGGGACAUUCAUGUACGACCAGGACGGAGAACCCAUUCAGACUUUCAAGCUUCCGGAAGCCUCAGACAACUACAACAUGGCAGAGCUGAGAGUCUUAAGCAACUGGGGUCACCUGGAAUACACCUGUGUGUAUCGCUUCAGGGUUCACGGAGAACCUUCACUCUGA